AUGGCGGCUUGUGCGUUACGCCGUGGUUUGUUGAGCACUGUCAGUAAAUACAACAAGAAACAUACACAGAGAAUACUGAGUGUCGUUGACAGCAGCAGCGGGUUUGAGGUUAACAGACCGCGGUUACAAUGCCGAGCCUGUGGACUGCCUGGCGGUGUUCAGCAGAGGAGGUUCAUGUCGUCACGGAACAGGCCUGAAGGGAAGAUUCUGGAGACAGUAGGAGUGUUUGAGGCUGUGAAGCAGCACGGCAAAUAUGAAACAGGACAGCUGUUUCUCCACAGUGUGUUUGGCUACAGAGGCAUCGUCUUGUUUCCUUGGCACGCCCGACUCUAUGACAGAGACAUCACCCCUCCCAUGUCUGACAGCAAACCUGAGCCCCCAGGAGCCCACGGCUCCAAGGAGGUGAAGGGGAAGACUCACACCUACUACCAAGUCCUGAUUGACACUAGGGACUGCCCUCACAUAUCUCAGAGGUCCCAGACGGAGGCAGUGACAUUUCUGGCCAACCAUGAUGACAGCAGAGCCCUGUACGCUAUCCCAGGUCUGGACUAUGUGAGCCAUGAAGACAUCCUGCCCUAUAACUCUGCAGAGCAGGCCCCCAUUCAGCACGAGCUGUUUGAGCGCUUCCUCAUGUACAACCCUGCCAAGUCUCCUCCGUUCACGGCCAGAGACACCCUGAAGGCGUGGCAGGAGAAGAACCACCCCUGGCUGGAGCUCUCAGACGUCCACAGGGAAACCACCGAGAACAUCCGAGUAACCGUCAUCCCCUUCUACAUGGGCAUGAGGGAGGCCCAGAACUCCCAUGUUUACUGGUGGCGGUACUGUAUCCGUCUGGAGAACAUGGGCAACGAGGUGGUUCAGCUGAGAGAGAGGCACUGGAGGAUCUUCAGCCUGUCAGGAACUCUGGAGACGGUCCGAGGACGAGGAGUCGUAGGCAGGGAGCCGGUGUUGUCUAAAGAACAGCCAGCCUUUCAGUACAGCAGCCAUGUGUCUCUACAAGCCCCCAGUGGUCAUAUGUGGGGGACGUUUCGUAUUGAAAGGACUGACGGCUCCCACUUCGACGUUCGCAUUCCUCCUUUCUCCCUGGAGAGCAACAAAGACGACAAAGCACCCCCCGCAGGCUACACGUUUUAACUGCGAGUAGUCACCUCCCACCUGUGAGGCCCCCGGACGCGGUCAGUCCUGGUCCUGGUCCUGGUCCUGUCUGGGUUGUCUAGAAUUGUUCUCCUCCUGUAACGUUGCCUCAGCCUUCAGCAUAAGACUAGCGUGAGUCAGGUUAUGCAAAGGGAAAAUAUAGCAUUGUCUAGAGCAUCCAAAUGCAGGCCCACCUUGCCUUUUUCUGCCAGAGUGCACCCAACAGCAGUAUGUCAUUGAUUAAAUCAUAUAGGGUAGAACCAUUAUUGGCAGUCCUCUGCGUCUUCACUCCAUGUUGUUUUGAAGAGACAUGCACAGUCUAGUGGAAGAGAAUUGGGAGGUAGGGAGGGGAGUUAAUGUUGCCAAGCUGAGCUGGACAUGUUGUGCAUCCAAUAGUUGAAAUAUUGACCAAGCUGUUUUUAUAUUGGGAGUGUUUCCUGCUGAGCUCUGGGUUCAUUAAAAGAGCAACAGCUCCAGCUUAGCUUUAUACUGAGGCCUCAGUCAACAAGUAAGCCAUCACUUAAACUACAUGUUUCAAACUCCUCCUUCCUUGAUGAUGAUCUUGUUUGAAUUUAUGAAAACAUGACAUUACUUUUAUCCUGGACCUUAUUUUCCUGUUAUGUUUUUUAAAAAAAAUGAUAGUACUGCCCUAUCACACUUUAGUUAUUUCAGUCGUCGGUGGGCCACUUACGUGAGGGAAAUCGGAUUGAAUUCUGAGCUGGUUACAGUGCUGAAGUAUUUGUUUUGCUGUUUUACAACAGAAGUAAAGUGGAUGGAAUUGGGGUUUGUUUGACACUGAUCAGCAGAAAAAAGACUCAAAUGUCAAAAUGAAAUAAAAUCUCUACAAAUGGUCUUAAGUAGAAAAUAUAAAACACAAUCAUUUUUACGUUCACCCCCUUCAUGUAUUUAUUUUGUAGAUGCCCGUUUGGCAAUAAUUAUAGCCUUCCACAGUCUGCGAACUUCUCCACUUCAGAACAUUAGUGUUGUGGUUCUGAAGCCUUCCAGGGCCUCCUGACGCGUCCCCAUAGCAUGAUGCUGCCACCGCCAGCCUGUAUACCACGUUCACGUCACGUGGGCUGGAUGGCAGAGAUGGAAAUGUUCUUAUGUUAAUGACUUGCGAGCGUUCACGUCAUCAAGAUGGUUGUAUGAUUAGAGUUGGUUGUUUGAGGAUUAAAAAUACUGCUCAUUGACAAUAUAACACUAUUUAUUAAAGUAUGUUCUGUAUUAUUCUUAAAUAUUAUUAUUAUUAUUAUUAUUAAGCCCAAAGUCGGCUGUACGAGAUUUCAGAAAAGUGUUUCCCAGUUGUAAUUACAACAUGGAUUUUAAUGUGAAUGCUAUUUACAAGUUAGAAAUUACGAUAACUCCCAUAAGAUGUGAAUGCAGCGUUAAUAUGGGAAUGGUGUUGUUCUUUUUGUUUGGGGGGGGGCACACGGGACUUAGCUGUACUCAGUAGUGUUCAGUGUCAAAUGUUCUUGAAUCCUUCCUCUGAGUGGUAAUUUGUGGUAAACCCGUCACAGACUUGUGUGACUGCCAGGAGCGAGAGAAACCAGCCAUCGAACCUUCCAGUUACAGAUGUGUUUAACCCUACAAUCACUUGUCACACCUCGACUACACACUGAUGUCUACUCAAAUGAUAAUGCAACUUAUGAAAACAGUUAGCUGCUCCAGCUAUAAUGUAGGUGUGACACUGUAAGGGAUUGUGAAUACUUAAACCAUCAGUUAUCUAGUAAUUCUAAUUUUAAUACUUAAUUUAGAUCAUUUUUGCACUUGGUUCCCCUUUGACAUUUAAGUCCCAUUCUCUUGAUCAGUGCUUCAGAAACUACAUGAUUACAUUACACUGUGAUUUAAAUGUUGUGAAAGAUUCGAACUAAAAAAAGUUAAGCGGGCUGAAUACUUUUUAUAAGCAGUGAACUAUAUGUGUUGACAGCCAAAAAAGGAAUCCUUUGCUGAAGAGGAGGUGAGGGUCAGGUCAGUUGUCUUUUGAAUAACAAAUGCAGUAUAAUUAAACUAAAUUGUUGGCAGCCAGUAUUGUGGCUAAGAGGAGUGUGUGUGUCUGUGUGUGAGAAACGUCUACCUUCACUGCAGUCUGCUCUCUGUAAAAAGCUGAAUGAUGUCUUCAUCCUGUGCACACAUGCUGGAUGUCUUUCGUUAAGGCUGACUGUUUGACUUUGCAAGCUCUGUGACAAGAAAAGUUAUCAGCCUGAACUUUCUCUCUGGUAAAGUGGGGAAAGAAACCAACAUCUUGGUUUUGAUAAGUGAUUUGAAGUAACUGUGAUGGUUGAAAUACUACUGUAAAUAGAGAUGUAAUUAAAGGCAAAACUAAUAAAUAUACCUUUUUGAAAAAUA